CCAGCACCUACUAAUCGACCAAAAGUAGAUAAAAAACCAAAACCAAGUCAUAUUCCAAUGCGAAAAGUCAACACUCUGAAGAAAAAAGCAUCAAACGAAAAGACACAAAGCAUCUUAUCACAAAAUAAAAAUAUACAAAGACUGCAAAUUUAUAAUACUUCACCGGAAGUUUCAGAUUUUUCAGAACUGCAUGAUGUUCCAGUCACUGUAGCUACAACGAGACCUAUUCCAACUUUAGGGCAAAUUUAUGGCAACUCAGUCAUUAAUAGCGACAUUUACAAUGAUUUUUUCUUGGGUCCAGUAAAUGAAAACUUAGAAGUUCAAUUUGUGACCCCAGGCAAUAGUAAUAAUAUAAGUAACGUAUCUCCUGGAAGCGGAUUCAACAUGGUCGAUACUAAUAAAGAACAAGGGAUGAGCAACCAACAUUCUUCAUUUACAAGCAACGCAAAUCACCGAGCAAGAUAUUUCCAAUCCACUAACGAUAAUGUUAGAGACUGGUUAUCGUUUGAACUAGAUCAUCCCACGAGAGAUAAUGAAUCAGCUAAAUCGAUGACAGUGCAAGAAACUGUGAUAUUAGCUAAGGACUCUAAAAUAAAACCUGUAAACCCUUUGCACAAAAUGAAUACUGAUACGAAACCGUUGAAGCCUCCCAACGAAUUCUACGCCACCUUCAAAUUCCCGUCCACACCAAACCCGACACGCAAGAGAGAACCCUGCAACAGCAUACAAGUUCCCUCAUACAUCGAGUGUCCUUCAGAAGUUCUGCAAAGGACCACCAACUUUGAAACAGACGGCAACGACACGUCAAGCACAGGGAAAGACGUGGACAUACAAGACGAUCUCUCCAGCCACGCGUGUGAACACCUGGACGACAGCAGCGAUGCCACCGACCAGUACGACUGGAGGCUGCCGAGCUCACAGUGCAGUGCCAUAUUCAAGUCAUCUAAGUGCUCGGAGACGACGGAUGGUUCCUGGAGACAGAGGGGUGACCUGUGCAAGCCGUCGAGCAACUUUUCGUCGCAGAAAUGUGCAGCGAAUUGCAGUUAUCAUGAAUAUUACUAUCAUUACUGUUGGAGAAAAGAAGUGGCCAUACGGGAAAAUAAUAUUCAAAGACUUCGCGAUUCUUUGGGCAAAUGUAAAAAGUGUCAGAAGUAUAGAAGAUAUUCAAAUAAAAACAACAAGAUAUCCAAACGAUUUGUAGACUUGAAAAACCGCAUAGUGUUUGGACGAGGGUGCAAACAUCGCUGGAAUCGCGUUUGGAAGAAAACCACACAGCGGUUCACGAAAUGGUCGAAAUCACCGUCUAAAUUCGCUAAAUUUCGAAUGAUGCAUUACUUACAACGCUACAACUUAGAUAACGCCGUCGUCCAAACCACUGUCCUAGUAUACAACGAAAGAGGGACGGACGCGCUGUCAAAGGGGCAACGGUCUGCCGCUAUCACUACGAAUACAGAAGUUAGAAAUGGAUCAAUAGCCUGUACAACGUCAAGAGUCAAAAAGUGUACAAGCUCUUAUCCGAAUCACGUUAAUGUUGGCCCAUCGGAAUUUUCAUUCGUCAAAUUGACGAAAUUACCAAUGGUGUCUCAAACAACGUCGGUGGAAAAAUCGUCGCCUUUCCAAGAUUUGAAAACGUUCAAAGAACUUAUUAAACUUAUGGAUCAAUCAGCGAAGAUGAGAUUGAGUCGUCAACUCAGUAAGUCGACGAGUUAUGUGGUUAUUCCGAGUGACAAAGCCGAGAAUGGGACAGUUACAGAAUCCCUUCCACCGCUAACCAAUAAGAUAACGAGCACACUGCUACACUUGAAGGACCAACUACCGCAAAACGUGUGCACACAGAUGAUUAUAACUUGUAAUAAUGCAGCCACCGAUAUAAAAUUCAAUCCAACAUUGGAGGCAUCGGCUACAACAUCAGAAUUAUACUGCGAUUCAAAAUUAACCGAAGAUUUUACGUCAGAGCACAAAUCAAUGAUGAAAUCGAUGCGUAUAACUCCAGAACCGUCGAACACCAAAGUAUCAACGGGCACGAUAACUUUCGACCCGGGUUUCCUCAAUACAUCUAGUACUGUUACAGAUACUGUAAUACCUUGCAAAAGGCUUGAGAAUAAAGGCUUUGCUACGUUGACUACACCCAAAGGAACUGUUUUAUCGUGCACCGGCACAAAGAUAAUAUCAGUAUCAUCGGUCAAUCUUCAAGCAGAUUCCGUAUUUUACAAUAGGAAGUAUAUAACAAAUACAGCAAUGUCCACGAAUUUGAUAUCGACGCGUAACAUGGUGUGUCACACGGCGCCGUCUCUCUACCAACAUACACUGAAAGACGCGUGUUUAGGCAUAGAUAUCGACGCCGGAUAUAAUAUUAUGAAGAAUGAUGAAACUACGUCCACGACAGAUAUAACAAAAGCUCUUAAUUUUACAAUUGGUGUCUCUACAACCAAACUUGUAGACAAGUCAUCUUUCAACUGUGGGUCGCCGAAAGCUCAACGCAGUUUUAAUGCAGAUUUUCGUCCAAGCAUGCAUUCAAUGUCGACCAACACAGAGUGGGCAAUACAGUCACGGGCGCUAAUCAUUUCCAACGUAGCCGUUACGGAGGUCCGCAAUACAAACAUGAAUGACGCUUUCGUUCAGUAUAGCGAUAAGGAGAAGAAUGAUACUCCGAAAUCAGUGGAUUCCGGGCGUAUCGGUCGCAGCCGCCUCAUGUCGGUGCGAAUGCUGGGCGACUCUUUCUCAGACGUGGACACGCAAGCUAAGCCGUCUAUGGCAAAUGCAGAAACACAUACGACGCCGAAGGGGAUCGUGUCGGCGUCUAUGCUAACGUCUCACUUUGCGUUUGAUAAAACUGUCAAUGUGAUGAAAGCUUCUAAGGAGAAUAAUACAGAUACACCAGAAGUCAAAAUAAACAAGACGUGGAGCAAUAUACCAUCUAGAUUGGAGAAGCAGACUGACGCGCAAGGUUUGUGUAAUAAUGUUUUUUCACAACUUACUCUAUUUUAA